AUGAGAGAAGAACCAUAUAAAUGCAUGGAGUGUGGAAAGAGCUUUAAUAAAUCUGAUCAUCUUAUUUCCCAUAAAAAGACACAUUUAGAAGAGAAAACAUAUAACUCCAGGGAGUGUGGAAAGACCUCCUGUAAUGAUUACUCUUUUAGAAGUCAUGAAAGAAAUCACAAAGGAGAAAGACUUUAUAAAUGCAUGGAGUGUGGAAAGACCUUUACUGGUCACAGUGGUCUCAAUUACCAUAAGAGGAUCCACACUGGAGAAAAGCCAUAUCAGUGCCUGGAAUGUGGAAAGACCUUUACUUGUAACAGUCAUCUCAAUACCCAUAAGAGGGUCCACACUGGAGAGAAGCCAUAUCAGUGCAUGGAAUGUGGAAAGUCCUUCUCUUGUAAUUACUCUCUUACAAGCCAUCAUAAGAAUCACAAAGGAAAAAGACCUUAUAAAUGCAUGGAGUGUGGAAAGACCUUUACUCGUAGCAGUAAUCUUAAUUCCCACAAAAGGAUCCACACUGGAGAGAAGCCAUAUCAAUGCAUGGAAUGUGGAAAGAGCUUUACUUGUAGCAGUAGUCUCAGUUCCCAUAAGUGGAUCCACACUGGAGAGAUGCCAUAUCAAUGCCCGGAAUGUGGAAAGUCCUUCUCUUGUAAUUACUCUCUUACAAUCCAUCAUAGGAAUCACAAAGGAAAAAGACCUUAUAAAUGCAUGGAGUGCGGAAAGACCUUUACUAAGAGCAGCAAUCUUAAUUCCCACAAGAGGAUCCACACAGGAGAGAAGCCAUAUCAAUGCAUGGAGUGUGGAAAGACCUUUACUUAUAGCAGUAGUCUUAAUUCCCACAAGAGGAUCCACAUAGGAGAGAUGCCAUAUAAAUGUGUGGAAUGUGGAAAGGGUUUUAGGUGGAAUUGUGAUUUUAUCUCCCACAAAAGAAUCCACACAGGGGAGAAGCCAUAUCAAUGCAUGGAGUGUGGGAAGAGCUUUGCCAUGAGUUCCACUCUUGCUUGGCAUAGAAGGAUCCAUACACUGGAGAAACCAUAUCAAUAAAGGAAGUGUGAGAAGAGCUUUGAAAGAAAA